CUUUGGGUAUCAGUGUCUGUAAGGUUAUCUUAUACUAACGCGGCUAGCAAAACGGCUAACUCGCAUUCGUGAAAACUACAGCUGAGCCGACGUCAGACAACACGCGAGCAUUAACCAAAACUCUGAUCUUGGUUCGAGGCUUCAGUGCCCCGAAAGCAAGCUGGCUAACCACGACCGUAUGGCGGUUGGGAAGGAAUGUGACCUCUAAAUUCUCGACUGUACGCAUUCAUUGCAAUAUACACUCAGUGAGCACUUUAUAAGGUACUAUGUAUGGGAGAGUGCGGUGGGUGCUAUGGGAUGUGAAGGACACCCUAUUGCGAGUCCGCAAGUCAGUGGGGGAGCAGUACUGCCAGGAAGCAAGGCGGGUUGGGCUCAAUGUCCCUGCAGCUGAGAUUGAGUCGGCCUUCCGUUGUGCUUACCGCCAACAUUCUCGCCUCUACCCAAACUAUGGAAUGGUCCAGGGGCUUGGUGGGCAAGCCUGGUGGGCAGGGGUGGUGCAGAACACCUUUUCCCAGUGUGGGGUAAGGGACCAAGUCCUGCUUGACAGACUAGCUGAAAAUCUCUACCACGGCUUCAGUGGGCCAGAGAAUUGGGAGGUGUUCCCAGACUCAGAGAAGGCUCUGCAGGGAUGCGUGUCCUUAGGAUUGCAGCUUGGUGUGGUGUCCAAUUUCGACAACCGCCUAGAAGGGAUUUUGCGUGGCUGUGGAAUGCUGUCUUAUUUCAGCUUCCUGUUGACUUCUGAGAUGGCAGGGGUGGCCAAGCCUGACCCAGCAAUCUUUCAGCUGGCACUGCAGAGGUGUGGGGUGGCAGCCACAAGCGUGGCACAUAUUGGUGACCACUAUACUAAUGACUUCCGCACUGCACGCUCCUUAGGCAUCCAUGGAUACCUAAUUGACAGGAAAGGUGACACUCGCCCACCAGAGGUUCCCACUCAAUAUCGACUGUGCUCCCUGGAUGAACUUCCAAUGCGACUUCAGCAAGAUACACAUUAAAUUUGUUAUUUAAAAGAGUCCACCCCCAAGGUCUACAGUGAGCUGUACUCGGAAUUAUUUGACAACAUCAUGCCAAGAUUAUGUCAUGGCCUCAAAUGGAAUUACUGUUCAGUGGUCCAAAUCAGAAUUAGGAGUUUACUUUGUCACUUAAAUAUAGUCAGGUCCAUAAAUAUUUCUACAUUGACAAAGUUAUUGUUAUUUUAGCUGUCUACCACAGGAUAUUGGAGUUGGAAGUAAAUUUAAUUUGAGGGUAUUUACAUCUAAAUCGGGUGAACGGUGAAUACAGCCCUUUUUAUAUAUAGUCCCCCCAAUUUUAGGGGCUAAAAACAAAUUAGACAAAUUAACAUAAUGAUAGAUUCAAAUGUCAUUUUUUUAUACUUGGUUGCAUAUCCUUUGCAUGCCAUGACUUGCUGAUGUCCGCGACUUAUCAACAUCAUCAGAGUCUGAAUAUGUUAUUUUUGAGUUUGCAAAGAAUGGUGCAAAAAAAAAAAAAAAAGGUCUGCGGACAGAAAGGCCUUGUUAAUGAGAGAGGUCAGAGGAGAAUGGCCAGACUGGUCAAAGCUGACAGGUAGGUGACGGUAACUCUGAACACACAACACAUAAUAACUCUAAAUGGAUAGGCUAGAGCCUUUAGAAGUCUAAAAAAUAAGUCUAAUAAAUACCUAAUAAAGUGCUCACAGUGUAUAUCAGCUACUGUACCUACAAUGGGCUCCAGAAUUAUGGGUACCAUUGACUGGCAAUGCAGAAAAUAUACAUUUAAAAAAGAAACAAUAUGUGUUCAGAAUGUUGAACAUAGACUGUACUUUAUGAAUGUUUCAAUGGAAUCAAAUAUCCUUUUAAUAAAAAAUAGAUUUGACCAAA